GAACUUGACAUGCUUGUUAUUUGUGCGACACUUUCUCGUGAAUUUCGCAUCGUCAAUACUGAUACACUACAGAGACCUUCUGUUUCUUCCUGCGCCGAGACAAAUCUACUUCAGCCCCUAUAUAGGUACUUAAAUCCGACUCUGCAGUACCUAGCGCACGCCCCAUCUCAAUCAUUCAGCAAAGGCCAGCUCCGGCAUCUUUUCCUAAAAGUUCCUCUGCUACUAGAUCACGCUUCAUCACAGUCGCCCAUUCGUGCUCCCGAGCUCACUCUUCUUCACUUCUCACCACACUCACUCACUAUAGUUAUCAGCAUCGUUCUUCAUGCAGGAGAGCUAAAAACAUUCCGAUUGCCUCACGAGACACACUCUUCCUGGUGGCGACACAGAAUACGCGCGUAGCUACACAAGCUUAUUUGCACAAUGCGGUUGCAAAAGUACUCAUCAACUCUUAUCUUCCUUAUUUUCCCAAUCCUCGUACACAGCGCCGCAGGCGACGAGAGCAGUAAUGCAUUGGCACGGGACCCUGACGCACAGGCACCUGAGGCCCCUCUCGCCAUGCCCACCACGGUCGGCAAAGUCAAAUCGAAGGAUGAGGUAGGGACAAAAGACGCGCCUGUGGAUGGUCUGGACGGGAAGCCACACAAAGGACCAUUCGUAGAAACGAAGCUGUCGCAAGAGGUGGAGGACUUGAAAGCCGAGAAGCCAAAUGCGUCGAGGCCAAAGGGUUUGGUGGAGGAGGAUGGGGUGAUGAAUGAUCGCAACCGGCCAACUCCGAAGCCUGGCACGACGGGAACCGAAGGCGGCGUGACAGAAAAAGAACGAGAUCGCAAGGCCAAGGAGGAGUCGGGCGAGAAGACAGACAAGAUUCCCGAGAAGCCGAAGGAAGCCUCUCACAGCGGCAAAGAGACAUCACAAGACGAGUCCCAGGGCAACAAGGGUUCUGAGGAUGCGGAUAAGAUUCCCAAAGAGAAGCCCCUUGGUGCCGCUGGUCUCGAGAAGCCAGACGACCUCCCCGGGAAACCUCACGACAUUCCAAUGCCCAGCCCUCCCAAACUCCCAACAGACUCUACAUCAGACACACCUAUCUCCUACCCAAAAUACCCCGUCAAAAACGCCGAAGAUGACGACUCCGGCGUUAUCCAGCCCUUCCACUCUUUCAUCCUCUCCCUAACCAUGAUCCUCUUUUCUGAAGUCGGCGACAAAACCUUCCUCGUCGCCGCCCUCAUGGCCAUGCGCCAUGACCGAAUGGUCGUUUUCUCUGCCGCCUUCUCUGCACUCAUCGCCAUGACUGUGCUCUCCGCAGUCCUGGGCCACGCUGUGCCCACCCUUCUCCCCAAGCGCUUUACGAACUUCGCCGCCGCUAUUCUGUUCCUCGUCUUUGGCGCGAAGAUGCUGAUGGAAGGUUACAAAAUGUCCCCAGAUGAGGGUGUAGGCGAGGAAAUGCGCGAGGUUGAAGCCGAGCUCGAAGAGAAGGAAUCGCUUGCCCGCAGAAACUCCCGUCGUGCGAGUGACUUGUCGCCGUAUGCGCUAGAGGCAGGACGAGGGAGAAAAUCGAAGUCGAAUUCGCGCUUGCCGGCGCCUGCACGAAGUCCGUCGACGAGCCCGUCCCGUUCACCAUCGCCUGGUCGGAGGAACUUGGCUGGGAUGUUGAACGGCGUGAAUAAUCUGUUUUCACUGCUUCUGAGCCCGGCGUGGGUACAGACAUUUAUUAUGACAUUUCUAGGCGAGUGGGGCGACCGCAGCCAGAUUGCAACGAUCGCAAUGGCUGCUGGGCAGGACUAUUGGUGGGUCACAGGGGGUGCGAUCAGUGGACACGCGGUGUGUACUGGUGUUGCAGUAAUAGGGGGCCGGGCGAUUGCCGGACGGGUCAGCAUGCGAGUUGUGACACUUGGCGGCGCAAUUGCAUUCCUUGUCUUCGGGGUCAUCUAUUUAGCGGAGGCUGCGUACUCGGACUAGCGGCGUAUCAAAACAUCAUCAUUACUGUAUAUUUAGCUUCUGGACCAGAGUCCAAUGCAUUACUAGACGAUUGCGGAUUAAAAAAUGUACGUAUCAGGCGAAGGUCCCUCUUACAAAUUGGCAGCGCAUCUAGCCAGUGUUAUGCAGCGGCAGAACGAGUUCGACGCAUAUGACUGAUAUCUCCAUAAUGAGGGACUGAAUAUCUACUCGGCACUACAUUACGUUCAUCCAUGCUCAUUAGUUUCUCGAAUGAACUCAACUCUCGCAUAGUAUUCCGAAGGUUCCUGAAAGGAAAUUAGCUCAUAUUGCGCUCCUAGCCACCUAACUCACAAAAGCC